CAAGAAGUUAAAACGAAGAACGUAAUGAGACGAAGAAAGUCCCGCAAGUAAAUAAGCAUUACAACUUAAAACAAAGAACGUGAAAAUGGAAGACAUAUGGAAGAGGGCAAAGCUCUUCGCAGAAGAAACGGCCAAAAAAUCACAAACCCUAACUUCAUCCAACAAAAUUGCUGAUCUAGUCGCCGAGACCGCUAAGAAAUCCAAAGAGCUCGCAUUGGAAGCGUCCAAGAAAGCCGAUGAGCUGAAAACCGCCGCUCUUAAGCAAGCCGAUCAGAUCCAAAUCAAGUCUAUUUCAGAUAUCAUUCCUCCUCAACUCUCCUCUCUCUCGAUUGUGAAUUCUUCUUCCUCUUCUUCGGGAUCGGCGGAUUCGGAUACUGAGGAGCUUCGCAAGUUUGGCGUCACUGAUGAUUUGAGAGAUUUUGUUAAGGGACUGACUUCCAGUACUUUCCAGAACUUUCCAAUUCAAGAUGAAGCUGAGGUGUCUGAUGUGCCGACUACUGCAUCAAAUGUACGGAAAGAUCUUAAUGAGUGGCAGGAGAGACAUGCCACACUCGUGCUCACUAACGUUAAGCAAAUCUCGAAGUUAAGAUAUGAAUUAUGUCCACGAGUGAUGAAAGAAAGGAGAUUCUGGAGGAUUUAUUUCACGCUUGUGAGCACUCAUGUUGCGCCGUAUGAGAAGCAGUACAUGGAGGAGAUUAAGCGCAAAGCAGAAGAGCAGAUAAAAGAUGACAAAUUGAAACAAAGUGCAACAUCUGGGGAUAAUUCUACAUCUGAGGUGAUAGAAAAGAACCUGAAAAGCAGGACAUCAACUGCAUCAUCAGCUGAGCAGGACUUGGACUCUUUUCUUUUGGGAGAUCUUGAAGACAGUGAUGGAGGUCCAGAUGAUGCGGAUGGCGAUGGUAGCUUUGAUGAUGAUUUUGACAAAAUUGGCAAUUCGGAUAUUGAAGAUGAGAAAAAUCUGAAGAAAGCAACUGCUGCUACUAGUUAGAUUCAUAAGAGAUUAUCAAGUGAAGAUAAGAAACUAGCUUUUGAAAAGGAUGGGGAAGGGAACUAUGAAAGAGAAGGCAAGCAAUGCUCUACCUUCAAAAUUUUAUAAAUGGUGGUUCAUGAAACCACUAGUUUGGUACCCUGCAGCAAAUAUUGGUUAUGGUAGAGAUAUAUGUUGCACAGUUUGUAUUAGAUGUUAUUUGCUUUGUUUCAUUACUAUAAAAUGUUCUGGUACUGAUAGGAUCGAAGUUCGUUUCUGUUUAUUUAGAGGUUGAAACCUUUGAUUGAUGCUGUGUACAGAUUUCUUGAUUCAGCUAUUCAAAAUUUUCAGUUUAAUAUUCUAAGAA